AUGCAAAAGAAUGCAAGGCGAGUAGCGUUCCGUGAACGUUUUUCAACGAUGUUGAUCGACGAUAUUCACAGCCGUACAAAGGCUUACAGAUUCGUUGCAUAUGCAGCCAUAACCUUCUCAUUCGUUUCCGUCUUAUCUAUUUGUAUCACUCUACCAAUUGCCUACAAUCACCUUCAGCAUAAUGAACAACAAAUCCGCUCUGAAAUUAAUUCUUGCAAGGAAUCUGCAAAAGAGACAUGGCAACAUGUCAAUUUGCUAGAAAAUGAUCCGAUUUCUCAACAUAAUCGAAGCACACGUCAAACGAAGCAAUGUGAGGGAUGCUGCAUGUCUAGUCCAGCCGGUCCUAAAGGGCCAUCUGGAAAGUCCGGCAAAGCAGGAAGGCCAGGAGCACCUGGCGCGCCUGGCAAUCCUGGAAGGCCUCCGAGUCUUCCUUGUGAGCCUUUCACUCCACCACCUUGUAAGCCUUGUCCGCCAGGUCCACCUGGCCCUGUUGGUCGAAAAGGACCGCAAGGAGAUCAGGGACCAGAGGGCUUUCCCGGAGACCCAGGUGAAUAUGGCCUACCAGGAGAAUCGGGAGCGAAAGGGCCAGACGGUUUUCCGGGAGAUCCUGGACCUAUGGGACCGAAUGGAUCACCUGGUGAGGAUGCUAUCAAUGAACCCCUUGAGCCUGGCGAGCUCGGCGAAUAUGGUGACGCCGGUCCAUCUGGAAUACCUGGACCUCGUGGACAACCUGGACUUGAUGGAGUGCAAGGACCUCGAGGACCACCUGGUGAAAAAGGUGCUGAUGGAAAAGGUGGUGCAGAUGGACGACCUGGAGCAAGGGGGCCAACAGGACCGGCCGGAAGGUCGGGCGAGAGAGGCAUAUGUCCGAAGUAUUGUGCUCUUGAUGGUGGUGUUUUCUUUGAAGAUGGAACACGCCGUCGCUGA